AUGGAAUACAAAGACGAUAAAGAGCAAAUUACCAGUCAACCCGUCAAUACUUUCGCUGCAGAAGGCAAAGUAGAUGAUGGGUAUGAGAUCUACGCAAAGAAUGUGGAUAUUCAAGGUGAUCGAACGCCCGAAGAACAAGCUAUAUGGGAAGCGAAAAGUAAAAGAAUAGCUACCAAGUUUGAUAUUUACCUUUUGGCCAUGAUGUGUUUCCUUGUCGGUGUCAAUUACAUUGAUAAAGCUGCGUUGGCCUGGGCAGUCUUAUUCGAUUUGAAAAAGGAUCUCGGCUUGGUAGGUAAUCAAUAUUCUUGGGUGUCCUCGAUGUUCUACUUUGGUUAUCUAGCUGGUCAAAUCCCGGCUUUCUACUGUACUGCCCGACUUCCUCUCGCCAAAGUCAUCAGUGUGACCUGUAUCUUAUGGGGAGUUUUGAUGUUGGGUACAAUGGGAUGUCGAAACUUUAGUGAUAUGAUGGCUAUCCGAUUCCUAUUGGGUUUCUUCGAAGCUCCCUUGGUCCCUUCAUUAGUCAGUUACACGGCUUUGUUCUACACCAGAAAGGAAAAUGCUGUUAGGACUUUGAUCUGGGGUGCGAUGCAGGGAACAUUCUACCUCAUCUUUACCCUUGUUGCGUACGGUCUAGGACACAUCAAAAACGAUGGCCUGAAACAAUGGGCAUGGAUCUACCUCGUCUUAGGAUUGUUGUCCAUUGCCUUGGGAGCAGGAUGGUUCUUCUUACCUGAUACACCUAUCAAGGCUCGAUUCUUAACUGAAGAAGAGAAGGUCAUCGCUCUUGAGAGAGUAGCAGAGAACAUGGCUGGUACCAAAGGUUCUGCACUCCAACUGCACCAAGUUGUGGACGCGAUCAAAGAUCCCAUGUACUACCUCAGUCUCUUGUAUGUCUUCUUCGCGAUGGUACCAAACGGUCUAUCCAGUUUCAACACUCUGGUAAUAUCCUCAUUCGGGUUCAACCAAUUCAACACUCUUCUCGCCGGUCUACCCUCAUCCAUCGUAUCUGCUGGAUCCUUGCUCGCAUGGGGUAUCGCCGCUCGAAAAUACGGUGGAUUGCGUACAUUGGGUAUGGUCUUACCUCUUAUCCCAGCUAUCGCCGGUAUAGCAGCAGUAUACGCAACCACUCACGGUAAUCAUCCCAAGUGGGGUCGGGCAGUCGCCUACUGGUUGAUCAACUCUUACGCCGUCACAUGGCCAUUCUUCCAAGCUCAUAUCGGAGUCAACUUUGCCGGUCAUACCAAACGAUCUUUCAUCUAUGGUUCCGUACUGGUCAUGUUUUCAGCUGCUAAUAUUGUCGGUCCAUUCAUCUUCCCCUCUGGUUCGAGUAAUUACUCCAAAGCUCUAGCUAUCAUCUUGGUCUUCUUCUGCGUACAGGCAUUACUCGCUGUGACCAUCCGAGUCUACAUGAUCUUCGAUAACAGACGAAGGGAUAAGAAGUUUGGUAAGGUCGAUAGAAGGAUGGAAACUGAGGGUGCCCUCGAGGGACUGUCCGAUAAGACUGAUAGGGAGAACACCGCAUUUAGAUAUGUGUAUUAA